UUGGUGCUUUUGGUGUUGCGGUUUUGCAUAAACCCUCCUUGGAGUUUCCCGUUUUAUCGCCUAAAGUGUGGCAUAGUCCUAGCGGCCUUCGAAAAUGGUGGACUACGGCAAGCAGUUCAUGCUGUACCUGAUGGACGAGAAGUGCUACGAUAAUUACUUCGUAGAGUUCGACCUGCUCGAUGGUGACUGUUUCCGGGCGCUGCUCAGCAAGGGCCUAGGGCUCGGCAUCAUCGCCGGCUCGGUGCUGGUAAAGGUGCCCCAGAUUACGAAGAUUCUCGCCAACAAAUCGGCCCGCGGCAUCAGCCUGUUCAGCGUGCUGCUGGAUCUGUUCGCCAUCACGAUCCACAUGGCGUACAGCUUCGUGAACGGGUUUCCGUUCAGUGCGUGGGGCGAUACGGCCUUCCUCGCCCUGCAGACGGCCAUCAUUGCGAUGAUGGUGCUGUUCUACGGUGGUUCUACCGUGCUUGCCGGUGCCUUUACCGUCGGCUAUUCCGCGCUGGUGUACGUGCUGAUGGGUGGGCUGACCCCGCUCAACUAUCUGCUCAUUGCGCAGGGGUUUAACGUGCCGAUACUGCUGCUCGGGAAGCUGUCGCAGGCAUUCACCAACUAUCGCAACGGUAGCACCGGGCAGCUAUCGGCGGUAACGUGCUUUAUGCUGCUGGCCGGUUCGCUCGCCCGCAUCUUCACCUCGAUCCAGGAGACGGGCGAUCAGAUGAUGAUCAUCACGUACGGUUCGUCCUCGUUCGCCAACCUGGUCAUUGCGCUGCAGAUGCUGUACUACUGGAACGCGUCGGACAAGCAGCAGAAGAAGAAGAAGGCGGCAGCACCCGCCGCCGCCGCCGCCGCUGCACCGGCAGCGACCAAAAAACCAAAGGCGAAGAGCAAGAAGACCGACUAAGGGCGUGCGGCUCGUCACAGCGGCUUCGUUUCGGGGGCGCCUGUCCUCCGACUAGUCACAACGAGAGAGGGGAGGGUAACUUUCCUCCUUUCGUCACAUUUUCUAUUUCAAAAGUUCAAUUUGUUCUUCUCCGUCAAUUAUGCCGGUUUCCAAAUUUCUUAACUCGACCAGCGCGUGUGUGUGUGUGCGUUUAAUUUAAGUCACGAAAGUUUAGAGCGAGAGAGAAAGCGAAAAACGUUAACAUUUCCAAGCUCUGCAAAAGACUAUUUUAAAAUGACAAGUACGAGUACGGCGGAGAGAGAGAGAGGCUGCUAAGUAAUGCAAAAAGUAAAAAAAACCGAGCGUUUGUAGUAAAAUAAAUUACCAAUAAUACUCCAAAA